GGCGGUGGCAUUGGCUCGGUCACUGCCCCGGCCCACCCCUGCUGCGGGGUCACGUGGGCGCAGGUGAGUUGGGACCUGGCCUCUACCGCCCCCACAGUCACACCUGGGAGGGCGGUGCCGUGUCACGUGACUUGCACCGGAGGCGCCCGGCCGGCCGAGGCAGGUAACUUGGUUUAAAGCAGAUAAAAUGGUGAAACUAAUUCACACCUUAGCUGAUCACAGUGAUGAUGUCAACUACUGUGCCUUCUCCUCUUCCUGCUUGGCUACUUGCUCCCUGGACAAAACAAUCCGCCUCUAUUCUUUAAACAACUUUACUGAACUUCCCUACUCGCCAUUAAAAGGUCACACUUAUGCUGUCCACUGCUGCUGCUUUUCUCCUUCUGGACACAUUUUAGCUUCAUGUUCGACAGAUGGUACCACGAUGCUGUGGAAUACUCGUAAUGGUCAGACGCUGGCAGUGCUGAAGCAGCCCCGAGGCAGCCCUGUAAGAGUCUGCCGAUUUUCCCCUGACUCCGCUUACCUAGUUUCCGGUGCAGCUGAUGGUAGCAUCGUUCUUUGGAAUGUGCAGUCAUUGAAAUUGUACAGAUCUGGGAGUGUUAAGGAUGGUUCCUUGGUGGCAUGUGCGUUUUCUCCUAAUGGAAAUCUCUUUGUCACUGGAUCAUCAUGUGGAGAUUUAACCAUUUGGGAUGAUAAAAUGAGGUGCUUGUAUAAUGAAAAAGGACAUGAUCUUGGUGUCACCUGCUGUGAUUUUUCUUCACAGGCAGUUUCUGGUGGAGAACAAGGAUCCAGAUACUUCCGAAUGGCAUCUUGUGGUCAGGAUAACCAGAUCAAGCUUUGGCUUAUUUCACUUGCUCAUCUCUUAGGUUGUGAAUUAAAAUAUGAAUGCACAUUGAAUGGACACUCUGCCCCAGUCCUGGCUUGUGCUUUUUCCUAUGAUGGGCAGAUGUUAGUCUCAGGAUCUGUGGACAAAUCCAUCAUAAUACAUGACACUAAAACUGGGAGCAUCCUGCACACUUUAACUCAGCAUACCAGAUAUGUUACAACGUGUGCCUUUGCACCAGAUAUUCCAUUACUUGCAACAGGUUCAAUGGAUAAAACUGUGAAUAUCUGGCAAUUUGAUCCAAAGCAACAUUGUGCAGGAAGUGGACUGGAAGAUGAACCUAAGAUGUCUAUUGAGAACUGGUCAGAGGAAGAGGUCUCAGUCUGGCUUUGUGCACAAGGUUUAAAAGACCUUGUUGGGAUUUUCAAGAUGAAUAACAUUGAUGGCAAAGAGCUGCUGAGUCUUACAAAACACAGUCUGACUAACGACUUAAAAAUUGAAUCUCUAGGUUUACGCAGUAAAGUCUUCCGGAAGAUUGAGGAGCUGAGGAGCAAUGUGGAUUCUGUUUCUCUUGGUAUUCCUGAUGAAUUCUUAUGUCCUAUAACUAGGGAGCUUAUGAAGGAGCCUGUCAUUGCAGCAGAUGGCUAUUCCUAUGAAAAAGAGGCAAUGGAAAACUGGAUCAGCAAAAAGAGACGGUCUAGUCCCAUGACAAAUCUCCCUCUCCAAUCUCUUAUACUUACACCAAAUAGGACUCUGAAAAUGGCCAUCAAUCGCUGGCUAGAGACUCAGCAGAAAUAUAAUGAAACAACUUAGUCUUGAAUACACCAAUUGUUUUGUCAAAUUAAUUGCAAUGAAAUUGUAGGUAGUGGCAGGAAAUAACUAUCAGAAAUCUUAAAACACUGGAAAGGAAAAAGGUAAGCUUCUGUCCAUGAUGUCUUUAGUCUGUAACUCACAUAGAGUCCCUUAAAUGCAGAACUUUAAACCAAAUAAAAGAUUUUGGUGUCUAAUAAACUAUUAGAGUUUCUUUUUAAUAUUUGAGCUUUAAUUACAAUAUUUUUGUAUAAGAAAGUUCAAAUGCUAAUUGAAAAUAUGUAGGCUUGGCAGAAUUUGAUUUUUAUUCUUUUAUAAUUUCAUUGGAUAAUGAUGCUUAUUUUUAAGCUUUUUUUUUCAAUUUUUAUCAAUUUAAAUUUUGGUGGGUUAGACAAUAAUUAUUUAAUGAAAGUUGAUGUUGAGAUUCAAAAAGUUAAAGCUUUAUAACUGUUAAAACACAAAUGGUCAACAUCACAUGUCACCUAUCGCAUAGAGCUGGAAGGGACCUUGAAAGGUCAUCGAGUCCAGUCCCCUGCCUUCACAGCAGGACCAAGUACUGUCCUUGACAGAUUUUUGCCCCAGUUUCCUAAAUGGCCCCCUCAAGGAUUGAACUCACAAUCCUGGGUUUAGCAGGCCAAUGCUCAAACCACUGAGCUAUCUCUCCCUCCAAAAUAUUCAAAGUGAAUAUCCUUAAAUCAAAAUCUAAUACAUUCUCAAGCACCAUUUUUCUUAGUUUGCCUAUCUGUAAAUUUCAAUUAUCAAUGGAAAUAUUUUCAUUUGUGUGUGUAGAUGAAAUUGAUGUUUACAGACAUUUAUUAAUUUUAAAAAAAUCUAAUCCUUCCAAGCCUAGAUAUAUGUAAGCUUGAAAAAAUAAAGUUGUCUGUUACAAGUGG